AUGAGAUCCGGGGCCCUCAGCGCGGUGCUCGCGUCACUCGGCACCGUGACGAGAGCGCAGAAUUGCACCUUCGACUCAAUCACGCCCUCACAGGACCUCGUCUGGUGCCAAUGCGAAGGCGACUACCUCUGCGCCAAACUCGAUACGGGCCCUACCGCGGCGCCCUCCUCCCCAGACGGGCCCUACCGCGGCAUGAUCCUCACCAACCCAGGCGGCCCCGGCGGCUCAGGCAUCGAGCUCAUCAGCCAGAACGGCGCCCUGAUCGCCCAGGCCAUCGGGACCAACUACGACAUCGUCGGCUUCGACCCCCGCGGCAUCGGGCUGAGCGAGCCGCGGCCGAACUGCUCCGCGGGGAUCCUCGCUCAAACACAGCAGUCCAGGGAGGCGCCGAGGCUGCAGGACGCGUACUUCCAGUCCUUCAUCGACUUCGGCAGGGCGCUCGGGGAGCAGUGCGCGGAGCAGGCCGGCGGGUCGACGGGGGCGGGGAGGCAUAUGACGACGGCCGUCACGGCGCGGGACAUGCUCAGCAUCGUGGACGCCUUCGCGCGGACGCCUGACGGGGCGCGCGCGGCGACUAAUGCUAGCCUGCUGAACUACUACGGCAUCAGCUACGGCACGUUUCUCGGGCAGACGUUCGCGAGCAUGUUCCCGGACCGCGUGGGGCAUGUCGCGCUGGACGGGGUGGUGGACCCGGCGGCGUUCCAGGCGAAUGGGACGUGGCGGAGUGUGAAUCACCUCGAUGGUGUUGUUGGCGCGUUCUUUGUGUAUUGUCACGCCGCGGGGCCGGAGGCGUGUGCGUAUUACACGGGGACGACGGCGAUGGACAUCUUUGAGCGGUGGAAGGCGUCGUUUGAGAGGCUGGACGCGGGGAGGGCGACGGCGGAGGGUUGGGGGAAUAGCAGCGAGAUCGCGGCGGCGCUGUUGACGUUCAAGGUCGGGAUGUUGGCGAUGGCGGUGCAGCCGCUGGAGAUGUUCGGGCCCGUGGCGGAGGCGCUUGUAGGGCUGGAGCAGGCGUUGGAGGGCGGUGUCUUGGGACAGUGGACGGAGCAGGUCAACGGGCUGAUUGGGGAUCCCGGGGUCGCGUCGUAUGCUGCGACGAGCCCGGAGCAGGGGCUCGGCGUGAUCUGCUCUGACCAGGAGAACAAGCAGUACGGCAAGGGGUUGGAGGAGAUACGGGGGCUGAUUGACCAGCUCGAGGGGCAGAGCGUUAUCGGGGAGACGUGGAUCAGGUUCACGCUGGGCUGUACGGGUUGGAAGAUCAAGAGCGAUGAUGUGUUUACGGGCCCGUAUGGAGGUGAGACGAAGGGGAGGGUGUUGUUUGUGAGCAACACAUUUGAUCCGACGACGCCGAUUGAGAAGUAA